AACCAACCACUAAAACGUAAGUCGCAAGGUGGGCCGGCAUCCGACCUGGCCCGCGUGGUUCCACUCGCUUCCACGAGUUUCUGUCCCUUCUGCGCCCUCCUCCCAUGUCCCGAACCUCCCUGCUGAUCGAAGCCAAGCUCUCAGAUCUUUGAUCCCAACUCCAAACCCCGCGACUCCGAGAGCCCUCCGCCCCCGCCGAUGUCUUCCAUGGCCGCCGCCUCCGCCGUUGUCUCCGUCACCAGCGCUUCACGCUACGGCUUCGCUCGGGUCGGAAGGACGAAUGCUCCGGCCCCGGCGUUCCUCCAUCUCUCCUCCAAAUUCCCGUUGGGGUUUCCCAAAAGCCCCUUCCGGGAUCUUACGCGUUCUUCCGUGUUCCAGAAAAAUCCCGGCUUUGUCGCGAAACCGCUGAGGACCCCGGGUGUGGCUUACGCUACCGCUGCUACCGAGAAGAGCAUCCAUGAUUUCACUAUCAAGGAUAUUGAUCGGAAGGAUGUUUCUCUGAGCAAAUUCAAGGGGAAAGUGCUAUUGAUUGUGAAUGUUGCUUCCAAAUGUGGGUUGACGUCAUCAAAUUACACUGAACUCUCUCACAUCUAUGAGAAGUACAAAACACAAGGAUUUGAGAUUUUGGCUUUUCCCUGCAAUCAGUUUGGGGGACAAGAACCUGGAUCUAAUUCAGAAAUAAAGCAGUUUGCUUGUACGAGGUACAAAGCAGAAUUCCCCAUUUUUGAUAAGGUUGAUGUUAAUGGACCAAACACUGCUCCAGUUUAUCAGUUUCUUAAGUCUAGCGCCGGAGGAUUUUUGGGUGAUCUUAUAAAGUGGAAUUUUGAGAAGUUCUUGAUUGACAAAAAUGGUAAGGUUGUGGAGAGAUACCCACCUACAACUUCGCCUUUCCAGAUUGAGAGGGAUAUCCGGAAACUCCUUGCAGCUUAAAGUACUUGGUUCCAAUACAAAUGUAAAUACAGCACCGUGCCAUGCAUUCCAGUGUUUACCUUAAGACUCCUUGGAAGUUUGUUAUUUUAGUAGUCCUUUCAUGUGGCAACCAGAAGGUUUUGUAGUUUAUAUUCAGUAGCAUUCCUUUAUGUUCUGAUCAUACGUCAUUACGUUCGCAAGUAUGAAGAGGAAAGAUAUAUUUUAAUAGCAUUGUACUUUGGUAUCUAUUUAUUGAUUUUUUUUCCUAAAAUAAAGCACCAUUAUAA